CUUUUCAGUUUCAUAAAGGACUGGCCUGAGCCUGAAAGCAACCUUGUUUUUCGACGACAACAAACUUCUAUUGAGUUGCGAAUAUACAGAUUUGACCACUCAUUCUCUUGAUGAUUUUAUCGUCUUUUGAGUGUUUACCCCCCGAUCUGUCGAUAUUGCCACUGUGAUUUGUUAUUUAAUUCCGUCAUUCAGUCAGUCAACCAUGGCAAGCCUCACGUACCGGAUAGCCUCAAGGAUGUGGAGAACACUUCAAGCUCCAAUAGCGUCACGUUUCAGAGCACGCCACAUGUCCAACGGGGAAGGUCCAGGAAUCAGCGAUCUUACUGUUGGUGAACAGAAAAUUAUCUCCAAACUGCAGGAAAGUUUUCCUAAUGCAACCCAUAUACAGGUUGCAGACGUCUCAGGUGGUUGUGGUGCUAUGUAUCAGAUCCUCAUCGAAACUCCAGAGUUUGAGGGCAAGAGAACUGUGCAGCAACACAGGAUGGUCAAUGAGGCUCUGAAGGAGGAGAUUAAAGCUAUGCACGGCUUACAACUGACUACUAAAGUGCCUUCUGACUCUGAUUCAUCGUAAUGAUGGACUGGCCCCGCACAAGUCUCUCCACACACCUGAUGUUUUUGCCUGAUGUGGAUGUAUAUUUGCCACCUUUGUUUUUUGUAGAUUAUUCAGGAACAUUGUUGCCCAUUUACUAACUAUUCUUUACUAAUGUGGGGAUGUUGAUUUUUUGUCUUUGGACUUACCACACAAUGUCUAAUUAUACUUCGUUUUUUGUUUUUUAAUGAGCACAUUUUAGGAAAUGUGCUGCCCUUGAAAUGGGAAAGGUUUUGAAUGCCAUUCUCCAUUUACUUUCUAAGGUGAGAGUAGAAAGCAGUUUUCCCUUCUUAUAGCAAAGAGAGUGAGAGUCCCAAUCUCUAUAAUUUAAUUAUUUUGAAGGGGACUUACUUCAUCUCAUUAGUAUUGAAACUAAUUCAAUUUCUUAAAAAUUGAAUCGGCCUUAUUAGCUGACUUUCUCCACCAUUUUCACAAUUUCGUUAAUGAUUGUCUCUUGCUGCCAGUGUAAAAAUUAGUCUCAUUGAAGUCAUCUUUUUGAGCCUGCUAAAUAGUUUCGUGCAGAAGUUUGAUUAUGUGGCUCACUUUUUGUUAUAAGCCAGAUGUAAGGUUUAGUCGCACAAGUAAAGAUUGAAACAGAAUGCAGCAUGCUCCAUCCCUUUUUUUCCCCUCAGAAUUUGUUGUUGCCCAUUUUAUUAUUUUUAUAUUCUACAUAUUUUUUCAACCUGCUCAAUUUCCUUUGCAGUGUUAAGUUAAUCAUUGAAGUCACUGUGAGAUUGAAGCAUUCUUAUGAGGUUAUUUUUGUGAUGUUAGAGGGCUGGUGCUGUCGCUCAUAACUUUGCCAUAUUUGGGAUUUCCGUUGGACUAGUUGUUUGUUUUGGGUUGUUGUUGUUUUUUUCAGAUGGCCUCCUUUUGCUUGUGCUAGCAUAAAAACAAAACUGUUUUUAGGUUAUGUCUCAGAAACAUUGAAGACGUAUAAAAAGAGAAGAAAACGAACUCCAUUGGUACAUGACAAAUAAAUUGUUAACAUUUUUGAUUGUUUUUAUAGAAGGGUAGCAGACUUGAUAAUGGUGCCCUAAGUAAGUUGCAAAUUUAAAAUGGCAGUGUGAUAAUUGUGUUGAAAAAUCACUGUGAUGAUAUUUAGGAAGCAGAGUAAUAUAUGGAGGCACAAGGUCACACUCUCACAUCAUGUACGUACUACGAGUAAAAGUUAUGUUUGUUUUUGUGGACAUGUGUUUAAAAGCUUGUGUGUUCAUGUAUGCUUGUGUGCAUAUAUAUGCAACGGUGAUCGUACAUCUCUGUGUCCAGGCAUACAAGUGUUUUAGUUGGCUUUAUGAUUUUUGGGCCUAACUGUUGAUAUAACAUGUCAAAUUUAUGGUUCUGGAAACAGAAACAAAUCUGAAAAGAUUCUGUCAUCUCUACCUACUGUUGUGAUCUACUUGUAAAUAAUGACAUGUAGUUCAAGUCUACUGUAAAUUCUAGAAUGAAUACACACAGCUUUUUUUCUCAGUUAAUCUUUUAUGUCUGAAAUAUCUGAUAUAUUAUGGAGGGUGGGGGAAGGGGGGGGUCUGUAUUUUUUAUUAAUUAUGUGUUCACUAAAACUUGUCCAGUUCCCAAACCAUAUGUAUGAGAUAUUGUGUACAUGAAAUAGUUUUAUGUUGUUGUUCCAAAGCACAUUUGUGUUCUUUUUUGCAUUGAAAUAAUGCAACGGAAUAUUCUGUUAUGCAUGGACAAUAAAAAUUAUCGUAAUAAAUCAAAAAGUGAAAAUGAGAUGAAAUUAUGAGGUUUCAUGUGCCAUAAAGAACUUGAUGAAGCAGAGAUCCUGGUUGGAUAACGGCAUAACAUGCAUCUGAACCGAUUCCUUCAUGUUUGAAAAAUGACUUUAGGCUGUGUUCAGUAAUUAGUAUUACAAAUUACACUCUUAUUAUCGAGCUCAUGUGACCUUAGGCAGUUGCGAAAUCACGUAAAGCACUUACAAAAGAAAAAAUUAAAAGACAAAUUAUCUUCAAACUAUUACCUCACAAGCAACUGUUACUUUAUGGUCUUACUUUUUUUAAAUGGAUUUAAUGAAAAAAAAAUUCCUGUUUUAGCUCAGUAAGUGUCACUCCAAAGUACUAAAAAAAUUGCCUUGGUUUGAGUCUCCUGAUUUAGACAUUUUUUAAUUUGGUUGAUCUUUUGAGGAAUUUUCUUUUUCUCUAUUCUCCUGCUUGCUUCUUCAUCUUCAAACUUUAGAAGAUUGACCAUAGACCUGAGGUUUAGUAUUUUAGUAAAACUUUCCAACUUCUUUAAAAGGAGUGCAAAGCCCAUACAAUAAGGGGAAUAUUGUAUUAUUGAUGAAUGCAUGGGGUUUAAUUUAGUUUAUUUAAAUAUUCCAAUGUUCCUGUUCCCUAGUUUUUCAUUGUGGGGGGGGGAGGGGGUAAAUGCAAGUAAUUGUUUGGACAAUUUUUUCAGAAGUACCGGUACCAAGCUCAUUUCUAGUCGUAUAAUGAGCAACACAGUGGGUGCUCUGGAAUGGUCUGCUCUUUGUAUUUCUUUUCAGAACUACAGUUAUACUCUUAUCUUCAUCUGGUCAUGAGGGUGAAUGGUUUCUGUUUUCUGUUUACUCACUGUAAACUGCAUGCAUCUCUGCAACUGCAAUAAUUUUUUUAGCUUUGUAUAUAUGCUUAUAUGGGUAGGCAUAUGAGCAUAGACCAUAAAGCACCAAUCAAUUUCUGUCAUCAAUCAUGUUGCAUAAACAAAACAGUUAAUGUAUCCUACCUGAAACUUUUUUUUCUAAGUUUGCACAGUUCUGAUCAUAUUUUAUAAUAUUAUAUGUAUGCAGCCAAAUACCUUUCCUCUUGCCUUGUGUAAGGUUUCCAUCCAGCAGCAGACAAUAACACAUGAAAUGGAAGUAUGCCUCUAUCAAUUUUUGUACUUUUGUUGUUGGAAGAAGACUUGCCAUUCAAAUUAAAUUGUUUUCCUCAUAUUAAUGUAUUAUAAUGUUUUGUCACUGUUGUAGUCAGUUUACCUAUCUCAGAGGUAGACAAUAUUAUUCAGAUCCUAGUGUUCCGGUACUUGUCAUUUGACUGUGUCCUCUUUUUUUUUAGAUGCCAAGACCCAUAGAAAAUAAUAUAUAGCUAUUGAAAAAUAGUCCUGUCCAAGGUCUCACUCCAACCCUUUGUUUCUGAUUCAUGAGACAAACUGGAACUUUUUUUCUUUUUUUUUCAUUUAUUCAGGGAAAAAAACAAAAAAGAAAAAGAAAAACCUUCUUGAGCUAGGCACGUAUAAUGACGAUUUUUUACUUUUUGUUUUUAUUAUUAUAUCUUGAUCUCAUGAGGUGAUAUUACAGUGUAGUUUGAAUCAUGUCUAUACCAUCAUAUUCUCCCAUUAACACUUUGUAUUCCAGGUCUUGGUGAAUAAAGUAUUUUAAAGUAAGCACA